AGAGCUCAGCGAGGCCUCGGACCACCUGCCUAACGGAGGAUUUCCUUUAGCGAGUCGAUCGAUCGAAGUCGAGCAUGGCGAACCAACCCGUCGCGGCCGCCCUUUUCGGCGAGCGGGAUUCCUUCGACGCCGGCAAGUACACCAACCCCUACGGCAACUACACCGUAGUGGACACCGUCACGGAGGACAUGCUGCACCUGAUCGACCCUCACUGGUACCAGUUCCCUCCUCUCAAUCCCCUGUGGUACUCCCUGGUGGGCUUCUUCAACUUCGUCAGCGCAGUCCUGGCCAUCUCCGGCAACUUCACUGUCAUGUACAUCUUCAGCACCACCAAGUCCCUGCGCACGCCCUCCAACUACUACGUGGUCAACCUGGCCCUCUCGGACUUCAUCCUCAUGUUCUGCAUGUGUCCCCCGCUCAUCAUCAACAGCUACCACCAGACUUGGGUCUUCGGGCCCAUGGCGUGUUGGGUCUACGCCGCCAUCGGCUCCCUCACCGGCUGCUGCUCCAUCUGGACCAUGAUCGCCAUCACCUUGGACAGAUACAAUGUCAUCGUAAAGGGUAUUGGCGGAAAACCACUCACUUCCGGCCGUGCAAUGAUCAACAUCUUGUUCUGCUGGGUCACGGCCGCCUUCUGGACCUUCGUUCCCUUCUUCGGCUGGGGGAGGUACGUCCCUGAGGGCAACAUGACAGCCUGUGGGACCGACUACUUCUCCAAGGACAUCAACAACAUGUCAUAUCUUUACUUGUACACCGUCUGGUGUUGGCCCGUGCCUCUAAGCAUCAUUGUCUACAGCUACUUCUUCAUCGUGAAGGCAGUGUCAGAGCACGAGAAGCAGAUGAAGGAACAGGCGGCCAGGAUGGGCGUCAAGAGCCUGCGAGGCGACAAGGACUCCCAGAAGAAGUCCAACGACUGCAAACUGGCCAAGAUCGCUCUGAUGACCGUGGCCCUGUGGUUCAUGGCCUGGACCCCCUACGCGAUCAUCAACAUGGCGGGCUUCAACUACCCUUCCAUCGUGACGCCGCUCUUCUCCAUCUGGGGCUCCGUCUUCGCCAAGGCCAACACCGUCUACAACCCCAUCGUCUACGCCAUCAGCCAUCCCAAGUACAAGUCGGCCCUGUACGAGAAGAUGCCUUGGCUCCGCUGCCAGGGCGAGGUCGCUGACGACGACUCCAAGUCCUCCGCCUCGAACGCCACCUGCGCCGAGGACAAGGCGUAAGUGCUUCCGGGCCUCCGCGAGCACACAGCCUCACCCCGUUCAUUUUCUAAGUAACGGGUCUUGAGGUUUCGAUUCGAAUAUCAGCCGUGGGUCUACGCUGCACGCUGAUAUACCCCGAAAUGGCGCUACCAAACGAACAAUUUGACAUAAGAUAUUUUUAUCGUGUGUUUACUUUGUAAGAUGACCUUAUCAUCUUGCCCUUGUCUGCAGACUACCUUUCCUUUUGAAUAAACCUCUGCAAGUUC